GUUCAAAGUAUAUUUCUAAACUAAAAUAUUUUAUGUAUUUUUAUAUGGUAAUAGUUUAAUUUAAAAUGGUAUAUCUUUUAAUCUUAAUACUUAUUAAAUUAGACUUUCUACUUAUAUGAUUGUGUAAUCAUUUGUAUUUUAUCAUAUAACAAAAAUUUUAAAUCAUGGAUCACAAAUAUUAUAAUGAUUCUCAGUUAAUAUAUAAGGGAUAUUGGUUACUUUAAUAACUUGGGCUCGUGACUUCAAACGACUCAAUAUUUAAAACUUUGGGCCUCAUCACUUUACCUCUCACACAGUCUUUCACCCUUCUUCUUCUUCAAGCAAACAAUAAACGAAAAAAGUUGACAUCCACCAAUGAUGAUUAUAAUAAGUCAAGAGGUUUCUCUGGGAAGUUCGACUCCAUGAGAAGGAUAAAACUCUCUGAUUCGUAAUAUCCCUUAUAUUACGGAAGCUCGAGGAGGAAAAGUUCAACCCCUAAUGAGAAUCUAUUCAAUUCCUUCCGGUGAACUCGGGCAGUGCCUCCUUUGAGAACUGACUCUACAAAGGUUUUCAUGUUUCCAUGUGUUUGUGAAAAUAUCUCCAGACACAAGUAUGAAUCAUGGCUGAGUAAUGUUUCUGAUCCACAGUUUAUGCAGAGGAACUCGUUUUAAGAAAGAGCUGGGGGUUAUGGGGCUAGAGAAGGCGGUUGAUGUUCUAGACACGCGCUGGGACUGGGAGCAGAGCAUGUAGAGAGAGAGAGAGAGAGAGAGAGAGAGAGAGAGAGAGAGAGAGAGAGAGAGAGAGAGAGAGAGUAUCAUCAUCUUACAAAGUGAACUAAAACAACAGAGGAAAUUCGUGAGGAACUUACAGAAUAAGUCGCCUUAGUGUGUGGUAUAUGCAUGCCAUGCAAGCUAUGAUAACAUUUUCGUAUGUUGACAGUUAUUAUAUACAUUCCAGCUUUUAUAAUAUUUUCUUUAUGUUGCAGAUAAUUGAGAAGCUUGUAGAUGUGGUUUGCUAUAUACGUCAAAUUGUAGAAGUUUUUGGCAACAAUCGUAAUAUGAUUAUUUGUACUUUUGGCCUUCUACUUCUGGAAAAUCAAAACUCAACUAUCAUAUGGACUAAAGAGUCUAAACAAACAAUAGGUCUCAAAGACAGUGAACGGAGGCAGGGAAGAGAACGAUUAGGUGAAGCUGGUCUUUCAUUAAGAUUGAUAGUGUGUCACUUGUAAAGCUUCUCUUCCACUCUUGUUUUGAUAUUAAGAUGGGAUUUAUAUGCUCUGGUUGAAACUGAUCUUUGAAGUCGCACCUAGCUCUCUCCCCCGACUUCACCUAUAAAAACAAACUCUCCAAAGCAUAAGGUUUGGUCCUAAUCUAAGCAAGAGCCAAGAGUUCAUCGGCUUGAAGAAGAACAAGAAAGGAAUCAAGAUCUGAGCACUGAGCAGAAGUACAGGAAACUCUCCAAAGGUUGAUCUUUAAGGUGAGAAUUCUUCAAGUGAUGAUACAAAUCUUCUGUAUUUACACAUUCUUUCAUUGUUGUAUGUAACACAACAUAAGGAUAUAAUAUAACACUAAUGUAUUCGUUGAAACAAAACAAAGAAACACAUUAUGGUUGGUUUAGUUGGAUUUAUGUUUCAGGUCAACUGUUUUCUUUUGUUUCCAUCAACUCCUCAGACAACCUUAAAGUAGCUAACAACUCCAUGUUGGCUUGUCUAUAAGAUUGGAUGCAUAGUAAACCGGAAAAUGGACACAAAAAUAAACAUGACAUUCACCAAAAUCCAAAAUAGGAUGAUCACUAUCAUUCUUCUAUGCCUUCUUGUUUCAUCAUCUUCAGAGGCUGCUCCACAAACCCAACUAGCCAUACCAUUAGAACCAACAGGAGAAGUCUCAGUUCGCCAAAAAAAACCACUAGGUCUUCCUGUUGAGAACCAGAACCAGCCAAUUCUUGGUCAACCAUCUUCUACAUCUUCUGUAAACCAGCCUUUAACCGGAUCAAAUCAACCAUCAACCGGAUUUAAUCAGCCAUCAUCAACUGAACUCAACCAACCGAUUCUUGGUCAGCCAUCUUCUUCUUCUGUAAACCAACCUUUAACCGGGUUUAAUCAACCAUCAUCAACUGGAUUCAACCAACCAUCCUCUAAUUCUGCUCUCAGUCAGCCAUUUGCUAGUCGAACAAACCAAAACAGUCUCUCUGGAAACAAUGUUCCAUUUAUUAAUGGAAACUCGAAGCUGGAAGUCUCCACUACAAAGAUUGUCUUUAUCUGCAUUGCUUUUCUCGUAGCUUUACACGGUACAGGCAUAAACUGAACUGAACGUAUACAUCAUAUGGCGCUUCUGUAUACGUUGGUUUUUCACUAUUAUAUUUGUUCUACAACUUGUCUUUUUCCGUCUUGGAUUCUAGUUGAAGAGUGUGUAACUUGUUACAUGUACAUUACGGGAGUGUAUUUACAUUUUCUUUUUCUUGUUAUUGGAUUAGUAUUCGAUUUUGUGUCUCAGGUGUUGUUAAGUUUGAUAUGUUCAACUUUAAUUUCCUGUA